GCUGGGCCGGGGGCCGCGAGCCGGACGCAGACAGACCGACCCGGGCGACUGGCAGGACUGACAGGCGGCGGGCGGCCGGCCGGCCGGGGCGGAGUCGGCGGCGGGCGGGGACGCGGCGCGGGGCGGCGCAGGGAGGACGCGGCGGCGGCGCGGGGAACGGACGCCCGGGCGCCCCGAGGCGCCGGGAUGUGGAGCGGCCCGCCCCAGCCAGACCAGGGCCUCCCGCCGCCCCUCUCAGCUGUCCGGGUCCCCUGGAAGAGUGUGGGCCCCUGCAAAGGCCGCAGGGAGUCCCCAGGAGCCCUGGUGGAGACCUCUGCAGGGGAGGAGGCCCAAGGUGAGGAGGGCCCUGCCGCGGCCCAGCUGGACGUGUCGCGCCUGCGCAGCUCUUCCAUGGAGAUCCGCGAGAAGGGCUCCGAGUUCCUGAAGGAGGAGCUGCACAAAGCGCAGAAGGAGCUGAAGCUGAAGGACGAGGAAUGUGAGCGUCUGUCCAAGGUGCGGGAGCAGCUGGAGCAGGAGCUGGAGGAGCUAACCGCCAGCCUGUUUGAGGAAGCCCACAAGAUGGUUCGAGAAGCCAACAUGAAGCAGGCAGCAUCAGAAAAGCAGCUGAAGGAGGCUCGGGGCAAGAUCGACAUGCUGCAGGCGGAGGUGACAGCCUUGAAGACACUGGUCAUCACGUCCACACCAGCCUCACCCAACCGCGAGCUCCACCCACAGCUGCUGAGCCCCACCAAGGCCGGGCCCCGAAAGGGCCACUCACGCCAUAAGAGCACCAGCAGUGCCCUCUGCCCUGCCUUGUGCCCCGCUGCAGGGCACACCCUCACCCCAGACAGGGAGGGCAAAGAGGUGGACACAACCCUGUUUGCAGAGUUCCAGGCCUGGAGGGAAUCGCCCACCCUGGACAAGACUUGCCCCUUCCUGGAAAGGGUGUACCGGGAGGACGUGGGCCCCUGCCUGGACUUCACGAUGCAGGAGCUCUCCGCGCUGGUACGGGCCGCCGUGGAGGACAACACGCUCACCAUCGAGCCCGUGGCUUCACAGACGCUGCCCGCAGUGAAGGUGGCUGAGGUUGAGUGUUGCAGCGCCAACACGUGUGCCCUGAGUGGGCUGGCCCGUGUCUGCCGCCACCGCAUCCGGCUCGGGGACUCUAAGAGCCACUACUACAUCUCGCCAUCCUCCCGGGCCAGGAUCACCGCAGUGUGCAACUUCUUCACCUACAUCCGCUACAUCCAGCAAGGCCUGGUGCGGCAGGACGCGGAGCCGAUGUUCUGGGAGGUCACCAGGCUGCGGAAGGAGAUGUCGCUGGCCAAGCUUGGCUUCUUCCCCCAGGAGGCUUAGGGCAUGGCCUGGCCUGGAGGGGGCUCUGAGCUGGAGCAAACGCCUGCCCCAGGACAAGCAGGCAGAGAGGGAGACGGGGUCCUGGAGCCAGCCCUGAGCCGGAAGCCAAACAGAUGGACCAAUGGACAGGCCAUGGCAGUGCUGAGCCAGCACACAUCUGUCCUGGGACAGACAGGCCUGGACGUCGUGAGAAGACCCUUCUCUCGUCCCCACUGGGUUCUGCAACCAUCAGGAGGAUUUCAAGAAAGCACCAAAGACCAAGGAGCUCGGAGCCUUACUGCGUGGAGGGGGCACUUAGCCCUUGGGAAGGGACAGCUGAGGCGGUCAGCACCUCCUCCCCAGUUCCUUGGGUGCCUUACUGCUGGCAUAUCUUCAGAAAGGGACUGUGCUGGGGUGGCCAGAUCGCCAGGGCAUCCUCCACCCCAGUUCCCAAGCCCUGGGCCACAAGCACCCCCUGUGGCCAUCCCACACCUCAUUCCUUAGUGACGUGCGAGGGCCCGCGGCAGCAGGGCUGGCAGGGCUGGCAGGGCCUCCACAGCUCGCCCACCCAGCCUGUGCGUGGCUGGGGAACUGCCCCAGAGCAUUCUGAGAUGAGUCAGGGCCCCUUGAUAAAGGCCUCCCCUGUCACCUCGCCUCCCUCCCCCAUCCAGCCCUGUGCUCUCAGAGGCCCUGCUCUCAAAACCGCUGGAGGGAUUGGUAAGACACAGACAGGGCCUCAGGACGCCAGUGCCUGUUUUCAGCUGUGGGUGGCCCUGCAGACAACCGGCCCUUGCAUGUCGGGCCAGGGUGGGGCGGGCAGGACCCGGCCCUCCCUCACCCAUCACAGCCCCCUCAGGACCAGGGUUAGGGGCUCCAACCUGGACACAUCUGUCACCCCGUCAGGAUUUCCUUCUUUGAAUGGAAUGUAACGCGAUCUCUAUUUAAUAAAGGAAGGCUUUGUUGGUAGAGGC